AUGUCAAUAUCAUCGUCAUUUCUGCCAUUCAACCAGCCCAGCAUCAUGAAUGAUUUAAGUCGAGAUUUAAAACAUCAAGCAAGCAUCACAGCAGAAAAGCUCAAUUCCAAGGAACGACUUGAACUGUUGAUCAAUCAAGUCGAUGAUGAGACGCUGGCUGACUUAAUGCACAAUGAGUUUCAGCACCUGAUUAUCGAUCAACAACGUCUGGUAACGAUGCUUGAACAGAGGUCUGAAUUGGUGGAAACUGAAAACGAAGAGCUCAAGUUGAUUAUCAAUGACAGCCAGAGACGCUAUGAGAAAGCAGUUCGAGAAAUGCAGUUUUUCAAAAAGAAAUAUGACCGACUUGUAGAAUCAAAUCGAUCUGUCGCAAGCGACCAGCAGCACAAUGUACAAAACUAUCUCAAUUUGACACCCUCCAGCAGCCCCCAACCACCACCCACAUCUUCAUCCGUUAUAGCACCACCGCCAGUAUCCGAUGCUGCCUCAUCCAUUUAUUCCUACAAUGCACCCGAAAAGCUAAAUUGGCCCACGUCUCCUACGUAUUCUGAGCAUGCCAGUACCAGAAGAAGAAACAACUCGAAUACAGCAGCAAGCAUAUUUAGUAAUUUUUCAAGCAGUACUGAAUCCAGCACUUAUUCCCAUUUCCAACACAUGCAGCAGCAACAACAGCAAAGGUAUGACGAAAACGGCAAGAAGCCACCAACUGCCUAUCAGUUUUCUCGUAACCCAUCCAUGGCUUCGUCCUACUCUACACCAAGCACUGCGCCCUCCAUGAUUUCUUCCUCUGGUGCAUCGUCAACCAUCACUGUGCCCAUGACACCUGUGCGCUCUACUACUUCUGUGUCUGGAUAUACAGGAAAUUCAAUGAUUCAGCAGAGAAGAACAGAUCCAUUGAGCUUUGGUGGCUCAGAUGCACUGUGGGAUACACUGAGCAAAAGCCAAGGGAGUGAUGUCACUGUAGAAAAGAUCAUUAGCAACUUUCUUCGUCGAGGAGGAUCACCUAACACUGCUAAACAAUCACCUUCAUCACACGCUGUCAAGUACGGAUAUGGUAUGAUUCAUGCUCUAAUUGUCGCCAAAGCUCCUGGCGCUUUAGAUUUACUCCUACAGCAAGGAGCUAAUCCAAAUGUUGUGAGUAUAAGUCAAGUGGAUGGAGAAAAAGUAUCACCUUGUUUCUUGGCUGCCCAAGUAGGUUGGCUGAGUGGAUUGCAGAAACUAGUGCAAGCUGGUGGCGAUUUGAUAUCUGCUCGAGGAGGUGGCAGUAAAAAGAAAACAGCACUUCAUGUUGCAGCAGAGCAUGGGCAUGCAGCCAUAGUAGAAUACAUUGUCAACAUGACUCAAGGCACACUGAAUUUGGAAAAGGACAUAUUAGGUGCCACUGCUUUGCAUUACGCUUGCACAUCGGGUCAUGCAGACCUUGUUUCUUUCAUGAUCAAAGUGUGUCUUAUUCCAAUAGACGAGCAGGAUCGCAAAGGAGAAACAGCGUUACACUGGGCCACACGCAGUGGACGACUCGAGGUUGUCACACUGUUGAUUGAAAGAUACGGAUGCGAUGUGAAUACGUAUGUGAGCAAGAAGGUGAGCACACCGUACGAUCUCGCCAAAUCAGCUGGGCACAAACGAGUCGCUGAAUACCUCAAGAACAAUGGUGGCAUUACAUCCAAGAAAAUGGACAAACGGCGAGAAGAAGACCUUGCAAACCAGGUGCCUCAGCAUUUGGAGUCUGCUCUUGCGAAAAACGGCUUUUUCAUGGGUGGAUUUUAG